CCAGGACGGGUGGAACAGCGACCCCUGAGCAGUGCUCUUCUUGCGAGUGGCAGGACCAGAGCUGCAGUUAAGCAUCAUGAGUGAGAGACAAGGUGCUGGGGCCCCCAACGGGAAAGACAAGACAUCUGGAGAAAACGAUGGGCAGAAGAAGGUUCAAGAGGACUUUGACAUCGACAUGGACGCGCCAGAGACAGAACGUGCAGCUGUGGCCAUUCAGUCCCAGUUCAGAAAAUUCCAGAAGAAGAAGGCUGGGUCCCAGUCCUAGCAGGAGAGCCCCCUCCCAGUCUGCCGGAAGUCACCGCCUUCACCCAUCACCAGUCAAGAAAUUAAAGAAAACAGCCUAGAGAGAAAUCAUCCGCACACACGCGCACAGCAGUCCCACAAUGCAUGUACAGAGACCCCGACCCCCCUGCCCUGUAGGACGGCGGACCAAUGCCGCUGCCAGGCGUUCUCUCUCUCCGUGUUCAUCUCCAGUACCGUAAUAAAGUGGAA